AUGCGAGAGACAUCCAUGAAGUACAUUGACAUUGCGUUCGAUACGCAAAGGCAAUAUUGCCCUGGUGAUUUAUUGAAAGGUCACGUCAUUAUCCAUCCUCAUCAACGUAUUGAGACGCACAAUAUCGAGAUUCGAUUCACCGGCGAGAUUGGAUUUCAUGUGCAUGACGCUGCAGAGCAUGUUACUCUUUUCCAAAUGACAAAGUAUUUACGAUUGUCUACCACCGGGAGUCGAUUCUUUAUGCUGGAAGCCAAACCAUACGCAUUCCCUUUUUCGUUUCAAAUCCCCGAUGACAUUGACAUACCCAGCACAAUGCAUAACAAUGACGACCUUGCCAAAGUCCAAUAUCUAUUGACGGCUAUUCACCGACGACCCGCCCUUGUAUCUGAAAGCAACAAUGAUAAUAAUCCAAAAGCUGAAAGACAAGUUCCGGUCAUUGCCACCCAAAUGGAUAUUGAUACUCCACGCCUUCAACGCUCUCAAACCAAGACCACCACGAUCGUUAUCAACAACAGUACUCAAAACUUUGCCUUACUCGAAGCAACAAUGGCUCGUUCAGGGUAUUCGCCAGGUGAUGCUAUCAGUGUUAAUAUAGCUUUAUCAUGCGAAGAGCAACUUCAAAUACCCAAAGGAGUUUGUGUACAACUAUUGCGAAUCACAAGCAUAAGAAAAGGAAGUCAACGAUGUUAUGCCAAGGAGAGUAUUCAACAAACCAGUACACAUGACAUUAUGAUCGACAAAGCAAACGGCUUCAAGCAAAACGUCACCUCAAAUUUGGCCAUUCCUCCUCGUACUCCACCCACUGUGCAAGGUGCCAACGCAUUGCUCCAAGUAGAAUAUCAAAUUUGUGUAUCGGCUGUUACCACAAUCAGCGAAGAGGUGAAUCGAUCCAUCACAUUUCCCAUCAUCAUUGGUGCAUCGUCACGUGUGCAGGAGGAUGAAAGCGCUUUUGCUACUACUACUGCCACCACUACCAUGAGGAGGGAGAAUGAUAUCGCCAUCAAUUGUACACCUAUGAGUUUCUCGAUGCUCACCGUUUUUCCACCGGUACCUUGGGAGCCAUCCACCUUUGUUGACGAUAAUGACAACAGCAACACCACCACACCUGCUCCACUUUCUCCCAGCGAUACAGAGAUCACGGUGGUGAACAACGUUUCAACACAAGCCAAUGAGACAAUUCGAUCGCCUUUGUUGACACCCACCGGUGGAGCGACAGCUGCUUUAUUUGGAUCCAUAUUCCGUAUGGAUCGUGGAGGUUCUUAUGAACUCGAUCCAAGUGAUGAUGAUGUGACUGAAUCUGGCAUGAAUACCUCGGAUGAUGAAGAAGACGCGGACGAUAUCGAUUUACUCAGUAUCAUGCAUCGAAGCCAACAACAACAACGACCCACCUAUGUUGAUGAUAGAGGCACUUAUCUAGUUGCAUUAUAG